AGCCGUUUGUGCUGAGCGCAUUUGUUCGAGAGCCGCAGGCGUCCCCCGGGCUGCUCUUCAGAGGCGGCCGCCCGCUUCGCUGGCAGACAUGGCCCCCUCCGCGUCCCAGUCCCAGGCCUGCAGCUGCGGCGGGUACCACGCGACGUGCCGCAUGCGCGACAUGGCCACGAAGUUAGCCGCGGACCCCCCGGCGAAGGCGACGAAGGAGAAUGGGUUCGACAGGAUGGUGAGCAGCGCGUCCACCACGGCCUCCCAGUCCGACCACGCCGCCUCCCCUUCCUCCUUGAGGGCGGGUGCGGCCGGAGACGUGCUCUUCAUUCCCGCCGUCGGGAACGAGAACAGCAGCGAAUCCGUCCUCGGCGGCGGCGGCGUGUGCGCGUGCGGCGGCUUCCACCGUGCCUGCCGCCUGCGCGACACGGUGCUGGUCGACCCGGCCCAGCCGCCCCCCGCACCAGACCCCGUUCUCGGCGCUGGGAGGCCGUCGCCGAAGGCUGGGGGGCCGUCGAGCGCCGCCGUGGUCGGCGGCGAGGCGUGCAGGUGCGGGGGUUACCACCGCGCCUGCCGGCUGGGCCCAGCCGGCGAGGCGCCGGCGCCGGCGCCAGCCGAGCCCGCUCCUGCGGCGGUCGAAGGCGGCGUCGGCAGCGCUGCCGUCGCGGGCACGGCGGCUUGCAGGCGCGGC